AUGGGCUUUGAGUCCGAGAGCUUUGGAAAGGCCUACACCUAUGCCACGGCCUUCGUUUGCGGCGUGUCCAUGAUGCUACCCAUUAAUGCCAUUUUCUCUGCACCGUUGUACGUCAUGAAUUACUACCAGUACGUGAUGCAGGACCCCGACGCGGAGGCAACGAACAAAAACUUCUGGGACAAUUCCCUGACGUAUUACACUAUGAUUGUUUUGGUCACAUCUCUCGUCGUGGAGCCGCUAACUCUAAGCAAAGCAUUCCGGCGUAUCCCGCUACGGGUGCGUAUGUUGUCGGCGCUGUGCAUCUUGUGGGCUGAGAUUGUCAUUCUGAUGGCGGUGCCAGCUGCGGGCUCGACGGAGACAGGCGCCAUCGUCACGAUUGUGGUUGCUGCUUUCACCUCAGCAAUGGGGAAAUCAGUCUUUGAGUCGACGACAUACGGCCUAUUCGGUGCGUUUCCCCCUCGCUUUAUGGUAACGUUAAUGGGUGGCAUAGGCGUGGCCGGUGCCUUGACGUCCACCUUGCAGCUCGUUGUGAAGGCAGCUCUCCCUGAAAACUACGAUGGGAUUCGCACGCAGUCCAAGAUUUUCUACGGGUUGGUGGUGGCCAUCCAUUGCGUCACGUUCAUCAUGUUAAUUCUGAUUCAGUGGGUCCCGUAUGCUCGGCGUUACACCGAUUCCCUGAGCGGCGCCGCGCAUGAACCUGAAAAUGAAGGAGCAGAGACAGCGGCGGAAGCGAAGGCGGACGCACCCUCUGAAGUUGAGAUGAAGUCUGCACGGGAGGAGUCGCACGCCGAUGAAGAUGCUCACUCCGAGGGAGAUGCUCACGCCAAUGGUGAUGCUCAAGCCGAAGAUGAGCGCCUUGCGCAUACGAACAUCCUUUACGUGUUGAAGCACGUGUACCCGAUGCUGAUUGCGUGUGCCUUCAAUUUCUUCAUUACCCUUUACCUCUUCCCAACGAUUGUGGUCUCCGUGGAUUCCUCCGACUAUUGGUAUGGCACCGUCGCCGUUGCCAUCUUCAAUUAUAUGGACGUGAUUGGGCGCUUUGCUCCCUCGCUGAAGUUUUUGUGGCCCCCGCGCUGGGCGGUGGUGGUUGGGUCCUUUGUCCGCGUCAUAUUCGUCCCACUCCUCAUCCUCUCGUCGUAUCACUACAUCCCGUCCUUCGCCUUUAACUACGUCAUGAUGGUGCUGUUUGGCCUGUCGAACGGCUUCAUUGGGGCCCUCACGCUGACCCUCGGGCCGCUGUCGGAGGGGCUGACGACCACCGGCCAGCGCUUCGUGGCGGGGACGAUGCUCGGCAUCUCAAUCCUCACUGGUGGAGCAAUCGCCACGGCGCUGAGUGUCAUGACCCAGACGCUGCGCGGGUAG